AUGGGAACUAAGAGGAUGAAACAAGAAGAGAAGAUAUCUGAUGAGGAAGUUAAGAGAGGGCAUUUCGAUGUUAGAUGGAUUAGAGAAAAAACCAGUUAUGAAACUCUUAAGCUCAACUUUGAUACCCUCCAACAUGGCAAUGAAGCUCUUCUCAAAGAGAUAAGAGAGCUGAAAGCGAAGCUGAACGGAGAAAGCGUAGGGAGCAACCUUUCAGUGAAAGAGGAGGCGAUUGUGCCUGAAACUGACGAUAAAACAAUGGAACAAAGUGAACCACUUCCAGCUUCUUCUUUGGCCACUUCAUCCGAGCCAGUAGAACUGAACUACGAGUGCUUCAAGAGCAGCAACAAUAGAGUGGCUGACGCCAUCCUUUUCCCAGAACUGAAAGAUGGGUCAUCGGAUAGUGACUCAAGUGCUAUCUUGAAUGAAGACGACCACACCAACAACAACACCAGCAAUGGUGCUGUUUCGUCAUCUGGGGUCCUACAAAGCCAACAUCUUUUGAUGUCACCAACGACAACCUCUUCGUUCAAUUUCGACUCAUCUUCUUCGUCUUCACAGUCCUCCAUGAAUUGUUUCCAAUUCUCAAAAACAACCUAUCUUGUGAAGAUGGAAGAGCACAAUUUCUUUACUGCAGAUGAAGCUUGCAAUUUCUUCUCUGAUGAGCAAGCUCCAAGUCUUCAAUGGUGUUACCCGGAGCAAUGGAACUAAAAGCAGAAGCCAAAAUGAGCAUGUAUGUAACCAAAUGCAAUGAAAUAAGCCAAAAAACAAAGUUGGGUAUCUAAAAUGAAGCUCCAAGAGUGUUGUAAGAUGCGAAUUAUGUAACAAGUUAAACUACUAAUACCGUGAAAGAAAGAGAAAAAUGGGGAUUUGGAGCUGAAGAAGAGGCAUAGAGAAGGGUUGAUAUGGCCGCCGAAAGAGGGCUUAAAGCAUAUGGCGACACCAGGCCAGGCGUGCGGGAAAUGAUUAGGUCGUAAUUGAUAGCACUUAUCUUUUUUCACUCUUCUGCUGUAAAUGGAAAAAUCUCCCCCAUUCCAUUGGGGCAAAGUAAACAAAAUCAUCAAUCAUCAUUUUCUUUUAUCUUUUCUUUAUGCAAUAUAGUAACAAAUGAUGAAAGAA